AUGGUCCUCGGGCUAUUAUGGCUUUUCUGCGCUUAUACACGAUUUACAGCCCUGGUCACCACCGCUCACCCAGUCGAUUUCCCAGACGACAAGGUGGUAGCCAAGUCUGAGCGACAGUGGUUCUGGGGAUGGGCAUGGGGGACAGAAAGUACUGUGUCUAUAAUAGACAGGACCCCGCCGAUUUCAUUUACCUCGAGACCGGCGGCUUUUGGAGCAGAGAUUACCGACCCCAUUCUGGGAUAUGUUAUCCCACUUUCUGCUUUCACAGAACCCUGUGCAAAGAAUAAAACUGUUACCGAGGGACUUCCAGACAACAGUGGCUGCCCCACGCUCUGUUUGAAGGGAGACGUCAAGCCCGACGAUACCUGGAUUGCCUUAGUCCAGAGGGGUAAAUGCGAGUUUGUGAAGAAGGUCCGGGAAGCCCAAAGAUUUGGUGCCCGUGCCGUUGUUGUUGGUGGGGAGGACCCAGAGAAGACAGGAUAUCCUGACACUCUGGUGAAUAUGUAUAGUCCAGAGGACGCGUCGGACGUCAAAAUUCCAGCUACCUACAUUAAGUUCUCAGACUACAUGCAACUCUACACCCUUAUCUCAACCUCAAACACCACCCAUUCUGGGUUCCGUACACUCUCCCUGUAUAUCACAGCGGAAUAUUCUGCGUGGGAGUGGUAUUCGCCGAUCAUAACUUUCAUCAUCAUUUUGCUUUUGCCGUCUACAUUAACAUUUAUCACCCUCCUCAUCCAUCGCAUCCGAGCUGCCCGAGCAGCACAACGCGACCGUGCUCCAGAAAACGUAGUAAGGAAUCUUCCAUGGAGAGUAUGGACUGGUACAGGAUGGGAGAAGCAUGAAGGCGGCGAGGAUCCCGAUUCGGUACCGUCGAUUGUCGACCUCGAAGAAGGAAACGCAACUGCUAAGGGAGACGACGAUCAGAACGCGUCAACAUCCCAUCCUGUUACCCCUCCAACAGAACAACCGGAUACAACACCACAACCUUGGUUCGAAUCCCAGCAGGAAUGUGCUAUAUGCUUAUCAGAGUUUGUGAAGGGGGAUAAAGUCCGAGUAUUACCCUGCCAUCACAUAUUCCAUAUGAGCGAAGUUGACGAAUGGCUAAUUCAACGCAAGAAAUUGUGCCCCGUCUGCAAAGCCGAUGUGACGCAGCCACGACCCCCUCCCUCACUUCCUCCCUCUGAACGCGAGCCUGUUGAAGCACAGUCAUCUCCAGAAGCUUCUACUUCUCGAUCCCCUACUCCCACUGAACGAACGCCUCUCCUGCGCCGCGACUCCUGA